AUGGUGCUGAAAGAGGAAAGUCAAAAACUGAAUGAAGAGGAGGAAAAACAUCAGUAUCAGAUACCUGAUGAUGUCAUUACUGGAGAACAAACUUUAAGUUGCUCAAAAACUGAAGAAACAAAAUCCAAAAAAUCUUUCACUUGUCCUCAAUGUGGAAAGAGUUUCACUUGUAAACAAUACUUGAAUUGUCACUUGAGAAUUCACACUGAAGUGAACUCUUUCACUUGCUAUCAGUGUGGAAACCAUUGCAUAGAAAAAGGAGGUCUUGAAAAAUACAUUAUAAUUCACACUGGAGAGAAGCGUUCCAUAUGCUACCAGUGUGGAAAGAGUUUCAAACAUACAAACAUCCUUCAAUAUCAAACAGCAGUUAAUAUUAGAAAUAAGUCUUUCACAUGCCAUCAGUGUGGAAAGAGAUGCAAAGGUAUAGGAGGUCUUGAACGCCACAUGAGAACUCACCCUGGAGUGAAGCGUUUUGUUUGCUUUCAUUGUGGAAAGAGUUUUGAAUUAAAAAAACAACGUGAUUCGCAUUUAGAAGUUCAUAUUAAAAAGAAGUCUGUCACAUGUCACCAGUGUGGAAAGAGUUUAUCAAGAAAACCGUGUCUGGACAAAGUGGAAAGAAUUACAAAGGCCAUGCCUGAACACCAAAAGAGAGUUCUCAUCAGUUCCACACUAUGUAGAGUUCAGAAAAGCUCUGAACGCAAAGAUCCGAGGAAUUCUAAUCAUCAUCCCAUCUCCCAUCCGGCAUCAAUGAUCUUCAACAGAAUUCCAAAACAUCAACGCAACAGACAAAGACUUUCUACGGACCCAGCCAAAGAACCAAAACAAUUCGAUGCAAUGCAGCUAACGCAAAUAUAA